AUGGUUUCAACAAUAGUUCAAGAUGAUAUUAACUGGCAAAAUAAACAAUUUUAUUUUCUUUAUACAAAACCUUUAGAAAAACCAGAUAAUGAUGAUCGUGAAUACCGUUUAAUUAGAUUACUAAAUAAAUUAGAAGUACUACUAAUCAGUGAUCCUGACACUGAUCGUGCAAGUGCUGCUCUUGACGUUCAUGUUGGAAGUUUUAGUGAUCCUGAAAAUUUGCAAGGUUUAGCUCAUUUUUGCGAACACUUAUUAUUUAUGGGUACAAGGAAAUAUCCAAAAGAAAAUGAUUAUUAUAGUUAUUUAUUUGAACAUUCUGGCGAUGCAAAUGCUUUUACUGGAAAUGAAAAUACAAAUUAUUUCUUUGAAGUUGGAUAUCAAUGGUUAGAAGGUGCUUUAGAUCGUUUUGCUCACUUUUUCAUUGAUCCUCUCUUUUCUGAAAGUUGCACAGAAAGAGAAUUAAGAGCUGUUGACUCUGAACAUAAAAAAAUCUUCAAUCGGAUUGUUGGCACCGGCAAUCUGGAAACAUUAAUGGAUAGACCAAAGCAACUUGGCUUAGAUAUUCGACAAGAAUUGUUAAAAUUUCAUAAUAGGUAUUAUUCUGCAAAUAUCAUGAAAUUGGUGGUACUUGGUCGAGAGUCUCUUGAUCAAUUAACUGAAUGGGUAGUCGAAAAAUUCUCUGACGUUGUUAAUAAGAAUAUCAGUGUUCCUUCCUUUCCCGGACAUCCAUUGACAAAUAAUGAACUUUUGAAACAAGUAUUUAUCAAACCUGUUAAGAAGUGCCGUAUUUUAGGUAUUAAUUUUCCUUUUCCAGAACAACUGCCUUAUUAUGAAAGCCAGCCUUUACAUUAUAUAUCACAUUUAACUGGUCAUGAAGGUCCUGGAUCUGUCUUAUCCUAUCUUAAAAAGAAAAAUUGGGCAACUUAUUUAAGUUCGGGAAUUUAUAUUAAUUGUAUUGGCUUUAGUUUAUUUCAUACGAGCGUUGAAUUAACAGAACAAGGUUUAAUACAUUAUGAGGAUAUUGUGGUUGCUAUAUUCCAAUAUAUUAAAAUGAUCAAGGAAGCAGGUGUAAAGAAAUGGAUUUUUGAUGAAAUUAAAUCACUAGCUGAAAUAGAUUUCAAAUUCUCGGAAAAAUGCCCUUCCUCGCAGUAUACUUCUUUUUUGUCAGAACAAAUGCAAGAAAACUUACCACCACAAUGGGUCGUGAGUGGACAUUCUCUUUUAAGAAAAUAUGAUCCAGUGUUAAUCGAGGAACAUUUAAAAUUACUUCGAACUGAUAAUUUCAGAUUAACCUUGACCUGUCAAGAAUUUCCUAAUGGUAUACAGCCUACUAAAGUUGAAAAGUGGUAUUUAACUGAAUAUGAAACGUUACCCAUUUCUGAAGAAUUAUUAUUUAAAUUAUCAAAUAUGUCAAUGAACAAUGAAUUCUUUUUACCAAAAAGAAAUGAAUUUAUUCCAUCAAACUUAAAUGUAGAUCGAUUUGAAGUAAAAGAAAAGGAAGAUCAACCUGAAAUAAUUCGAGAUACAUCUCUUACUCGUAUUUGGUAUAAAAAAGAUGACACAUUUUGGGUUCCAAAAACAAAUGUUUGGAUUUUCUUUAAAAAUCCAUUACCAUAUGCUACUCCUCGUAAUGCUGUGAUUUCAGAACUCUAUAUAAGUUUGCUAACUGACUCAUUAUCAGAAUACUCUUAUAAUGCUGAAAUUGCAGGAUUAUCCUAUUUUAUUCAUCGAGAAUCUAAAGGAAUUACAUUACAUCUUGGAGGAUAUAGUGAUAAAUUGCUUGUAUUGCUUAAUAAAGUAAUAGAUAAAAUGAAAAAUAUUCAAAUUUUAGUUAACCGCUUCGAAGCUAUUAAAGAUGAAAUAACCCGAGUUUAUGAAAACUUUUAUUUAGAGGCACCCUAUCAACAUUCGAUUUACUACAUGUCUUAUGUAUUUGGUGAAAGGAAAUGGACUUGUGAUGACUAUUUAGGUGAAAUCAAGGAUAUCUCUCUAAAGGAUGUUCAGCAGAGUAUACCUGAAAUUAUUUCGACUUUGCAUAUUGAGGGCCUAGUGCAUGGUAGUUUAGAACGUACUCAAGCUCUUGAGAUGUUUCAGUCUGUUCAAUCCAUCUUGCAACCUCGACCUUUAGCACCUGGUCAACUCAUGGGUGAACGUUCAAUUAUGUUACCUCAGGGGAAAAAGUUUGUUUAUUCCCUAUCUGUGCGUGAUCCAGAUGAAGUGAAUUCAGCCAUCAAUUAUCAUAUUCAAGUAUGUAACGUGAAGGAUAUAUCACUACGAAAUCAUUUAAGUCUUGUUGCUCAGAUUGCUCGUGAGCCAUGUUUUAAUCAGUUGCGUACUCAAGAACAAUUAGGUUAUCUCGUCUUUAGUGGCGUUCAACGUCAUUUAAGUCAACUCGCUUUCAGGUUAAUCAUACAAAGUGAAUACAACCCAAUCUACCUCGAACAUCGAGCAUUAGAAUUCUUGGAGAUCACAUUAAGGAAUAUUAUCAUGGAAAUGAGUGAAUCCGAUUAUGAAUCUCAAGUGAAUUCAUUGAUAUCUGAGAGAUUAGAAAAGCACAAAAACAUAUCUGAAGAAGGUGUAAAAUAUUGGGCUGAAAUUGAAUCGGGUUAUUAUGAGUUUAAUGAUACGCAAACAGAUGUAGCUGAAUUAAAAAAGAUUACAAAGGAAUCAUUAUUAGCAUUUUACGAUACAUAUAUCAUGCCUAAUUCCCCAGUUAAUACCACAUUUUCUAUUCAUUUACGUUCGCAACGUUCCCCUUUAUCUGUAUCAAAGAAUAGUCACUGUACUGUCGAACAAUUAUAUUCUAUCAUGGUUCAUCUUGGUUUAGUUGACAGAAAAACAUUGCUCUCAGAAGAUCAUCUUAAAAACUUGAUCAUAGAUCAUGGAGGUAAUAUCGCGUCUAUUGCUGUAACUGAACUUGAAACUCUUUUAUCUUCACUCGAAUUGAAAAAGCAAGAUAUUGAACAAAUCAUAGUUAAAUUACAUGAAGGUCCUAGUGCUUUAUCUAAACGUGAUCAUACUAAAUUACCGAAGAAUUAUAUCGUUAUACAUGAUUUAAUUGACUUUAAGCGUAGAAUGUGCUUAUCUACUGCAGCAGUCCCUAUUAAUUAUCAAUUUUUCAAUGUUUAA